AGUCAACUAGCAGUGCUACCGGAACUCCGCGAUGCUGGCUGAGGAUGACUCCUCUUUAAGGAAAGUGCUCUCGAAGCGCCGAGCCAACACCGAGACCUUGCGGUGUUUGGCUCAGGGAGGCUCAGGCAUUUCAAUCACCGAGGAGGCCCCGGGCUUUGCGAGGCCCACGCUGUCCUUGUCCACGAAGGCGAAGACGCGGCGACGGCUCGAGGAGCCGGAGACGGAUGGAAACUCUGCGGACGUCCGCGGGCGCAGCUGGCAGCGUAGCCGGACGCUAAACGCGGUAGCGCCUCCCAGAAUCGAAGGCGACGGGAUGGACUCCCGCAGCAUGCACGAGCUGGACGCAAUGAAGAGCUCCAUCAGUGAGGUUCCUCUCUUCAAGCAGUGCAGCCCGAAGUUCGUAGAGGCCAUCGCAGAACAGGUAAGCCAUCGACUCUUCACUCCAGGCGUGAACAUCAUUACGGAGGGGGAGUAUGGGGAUAGUAUGUACAUCUUGCACCGGGGGGAGGUGGAGGUGCUCAUCGGGGACACGUGCGUCUGCACUUUGGCGGACGGCGCCGUCUUCGGGGAGAUCGCCGCCCUCUGCAAGAACCCGGUGCUCGCCCGGCGCACGGCCACCAUCCGCGCCAUUACGCUCUGCGACUGCCGAGUCACCUACCGGGAUAGCCUCCUGAAGAUCAUGACCCGCUUCAAGGGCGAUGAGGACAUCCUAAUGAAGAAGCUGGAGGCCCGGCUCACGGAGCUCCAGAAGCUGGGGAAGCUGCCCAACAAGAAGGAGUGGUGGAGGAUCGAGGUCAAAGCGGCGGAGCCGCCUGCCCGCGCGCCUGGUGCCUGCGACAAGCUCCGGGCGACGCUGCCAGCCAUCAGUGGCUUGGCGCGGACACCUGCCAUGAGGGCUGUCUCUGAUGAGCCUGAACGGGAGUCCGCCACUAGCACACCGAACGAGAAUGGCGAGAACGGUGAGAUUGGCGAGAACGAAGACAGAGGUCGGGAGGACUUCCCCGUGUGGGCACUGGAGCUGGCGUGCAGGACCAGUGAUGAGCGGACGGAUGUCUCUUGCGAAGGUCUCAGGCCCGGGCUGGCGAAGCCGCCCUCCGGAAAGGUGAGCCGCCGCAGCAGCCGCGGCAGCCGGACCUCCUCGGCAGGCACGGCCAAAGAAGCACCUCCGCGGCCUCCGCCGAAGAAAAUCAGCCUGCGCGGCUCCUGCAUGACCUCCUUUGCUUCGAUCAAGGCGGAUGCCAAGCAAAAGAAGGCCGCCACCUCUUUGGAUGGAUAUGAAUACGAUGGGCCACAGUCAGCAAGGACUCCAGAGCUGCAGCGGCGCAGCGCCCGGCGCUUCCAUUCCGCGGGGGCGCGGGGCUCGGAGGGUGCGAACAGCACCCGCGGCGCCGCUGAUGCCGCGGAUGCGGGACAUCCGAACGCCCAGACCAUGAGGGACAUUGGCACCGAUGCGGACAAAUCCGCAAUUGAUCGCCAAGUGGCCGAGCGGGCGGGGCUGAUGGGGUCGGCGGAUUUGGUCUUGGGCUCCAGGCGCCGAAUUUCCCGCUUCUCUGGCGUCAACGGGAGCACGUCCCCUCCACUCCCGCGCUUUGGCUCUUGGCUCUUCGCCGGAUGGUGGAUGAAGCUUGGCCGGGGCCCCGAGGGGGCCAUGGCGGCUUUGGCAACUCGGACGCUGAUCUGUUGCUUCAGGCUUUUUCAGGGCUUCCCUGACGCCGGCAACAUGCCAGGCAAAGGCUUCUCCCAGAGCUCGGACAGUCGAACCACUGAGAAGCAUGUCUUCAAGCCGCCGGAGAGCGGCGGCACGGUGUCCGAGUCCAGAGCCGAGCGAUGGCAGAAUGCCAGCGCCAAGCCGAAGGCGGAGCCAAAGAAGGCGAAGGCCAAGCCUAAGGCGAAAUCCAGAUCUCGGAGCCCGAGUCCAAAGAGAUCCGCCAGUCCCAGCAGAGGUCCCAAGGGGCAGGCAGCGAGGAGUGGGUCACCACUGCAGGAGCCGGCGCCGCCGGCGCCGCGAAAGCCCAUGGCCAAGGAGAAGUUGGACCUGAAGAAGGUCUUUCCGCCCUCGGAGAUGGUGGCUCAGUUGGAGGACGUGUAA